CGCUUUAUAUCUACAUCUCCGUGUUUAUCUAAAGCUAACGAAACUCAACUUUUCUUCUAUUUUGGGACGCUGAACAAAGAUAAGGCAAGUUAUUACAUUACUGAUGGUGUUUAUUUGAUGUAUUGGGAGUGCUAAGGGUGGAACAGCCCGAAACACAUGAAAUGAUAUUGUUCUAAUUUGUUAAAAUGCGUCAGUUAAGUGUUGAAAAUGUAGUUCUUUAUCACAUUUUCUUGAGUUUUUCUUUCGAAAUUCUUCAAAAUCAAUGACCUUAAACCUUGCAGCUUUAGUUAAUAAAUGUAAAAUAUGUGUCUCAAGUUACACCCUGUUGUUAAGCUUUCCAACGUGUCAUGUGGUCUUUGAUAGCACAAGAACUGGAUCUGAUUUACUCGUGAAAAAUGUGGCCGGUAAAACUGAUGAAACAGAGAUUUAUUGAUAUUUAUCUGUUCUGCAUUCAUAGAAAAAAAAACCUUACAGUUAAUUUUCUAGUUUAAAAUAAUUGUCAAACAUAACAAGGAGUUUCACUUUGUUAUUCUGGUGCUUCUGAUAUUUAGUCAAAAAGUUAAAGAACGUGUUGCUAAGCAUUGGUAACAGUUUUUUAUUUUAUUUAUUUAUUUUUAAGACAAGGGAACAGACCACCUAAAGCCCCAGAGAAAAACUUAUGAGUUGAUCUAUUGUGAAUAUUUGAAGGGAAAAAUAAAACAAAAUGGGGCUGUGUUUUUUUUUUUUUUUUUUGAACAUGACAUCCCUCUUUCAUGCCUUAGAAAUUACAAAAUAAAAUCCGAAAUCAUGUCACUGAUGGUCUUGUCUGCUUUUGCGUACCAUUAAAAGCAUCUGAAUUUCUGUCAAUUUCAAAGAUUGCCAAAAAUCUCUUCACACAAGCUUUGAGAUUUAGUAUUGCAGAAUAUAAUUUGCGUUUAUAGAAGAACAUGGCUUAAUCAUAUUUUUUCAGUUAUAAAGCCCAAUUUCUUGGGAUUAAUACUUACUUGUGACUCAAACAAAGCUGAUUUGUUCAUACACUUUGCCAUAUUUUAUGCAAAUAGUCAUAGAUUCUAACUUGGUCCCUACCUCAACCUCUUUAUCCUGUAAUCUCUUUUUUUAUCUUUUUUUCCCCCCUACAAAAUGUACAGGAAAUAACCUUCAGCUCUAACAACUGGUAAAACCAUGAGCACAGACACAAGAAGACGACACAGUCCUCCAGGGAAACCACAUGACAGUGUCAACAAUCAGGAACAACACAGUUCUGCAUCUGAUAGGAGGGCAGAUCCAAACAGCUUACCUUUUCCAACCAAAGCUGUUUUCCACAGACCGUCCGAAAUUGCUCUAUACUCAAGACACAUGAGGCAAGGCUCACAUCAUUCAGCCACCAGAUCUGGACAUGUGAAAGAGAAUACAAGAGGGAAAGGAAGGUAUGAGGAGGAUGAUGGCACUUGGAAGGAGAGAGGAGGGCAGAUCCCAAAUCCAGGAAAAGACACAUUAAGACAGCCCAAUGAAGAACUGGAGAUGUCUUGGGAUAUUCAUGAAAUGAAGUUAAUGCUAGCGGAGAAGCUGUGGAGAGUUGAAAAAUUGGAAAGACAAAAAAACAUCCAGAGAGACUUGGACAGUGCUGCUGAUGGUGAGGACUACGAUAGGAGGCGAGCAGAGAGGGGAAGAACUCAGACAAAACCUAGGCUGUCUGAGCAGCAAGGGAGAGAUGCAAUGACAGGCAGAGGAGUCAUAAUGCAAGACAGAAGACAAGAGGAUGCUAAAGAACAGACAAAGAGACAAGAUGGGAGGAUGGAGGACAGAAUAAGGAAUAGACAUGUAGAAGAAAAAAGAGACACAUGGAGGGAAGAAAGAAGGGAAGUUGGAGUUGAACAGCUGCAUAGAAAAGAGCAACAAGGGACUCAAAUGUACAAAUCAAGGUGGGAAAAUGUGAAAGAGUAUACCAGAGGGAAAGGAAGGUAUGAGGAGGAUGAUGGCACUUGGAAGGAGAGAGGAGGACGGUCAACAGGAAAAGCAACCGAAAGACAUGUUCAUUCCAGUGUGCAAGAACAAAAAGAGCUGAGAAGUACAGAAAGUGCAACUAACAGCCCCCAGCUGCUCCCUUGCAGAGUCUGCAACCGAACGUUUGCAAGUGAAAGAGUAGAGAAGCACAUUGCCAUCUGUAAGAAGGUGAAGAAAUCAACCCGUCCGGUCUAUGACUCCUCCGCUCAUAGGGCCAAGGGGGCCGCCUUGGCAGAGUACCUGAAGUACCACAGCAGAGCCCAGUCCCCUGAGGUAGGGUAGUUAGGGCUUUGGUCAGAGUCAUCUUGUCAGUUAUUCAGACACAGACACAGGGUGAUGUAGACGGUGUGCUGCGCAGCUUCUGCAUCUGAAAUGUCAUCACAGUUUCUGUGUAAAAACUGGAAGUGAUGGUUUGAAUAGUACAGAUGCAGCUCAAACAAUUAGAAUGUCCCCAAAAUGAUUUUUCCCCCAUUAUUUAAUCCAAAAAGCAAACUUCCUCUGAUACAUCACACCAAGUGAAAGAUUUCGGGACUUUUUUCAUUUCAAUCUUGAUGAUAGCAGCUUAAAGCUCACAAAAAUAAAAAAUCCACCAUUUAAAAUAUUAGAUUAAAAAAACACCAACCCAAAAGAAAACGAUUUAUAGUACAGAAAUGUCAACCCCCUUGACAAUGAUAUUUAUUUACUCGUUUUUUCUCAACUUUGAACUGUUUGAAAUGAUUUUCUUACUUUCUUUUUUUUUAGGCAGUAAAGAGGAGGAGGAGGCAACGUAGAUAG